AUGGAGAGGAAGGAGGCUAACCCUCCGCCUCCCGUCGCCAGGAGUAGGCCGUUGUCAGUGCGGGCCCUCCUCUCAACCGGGGAGCCGAAUCUCACAGGCUCCACGUCUUCGUCGUCCUCUUCCUUGUCCCCGCCGGACUUCCUCCGUCAUGUCCAGGCUGCCCUCAAGCGACACCGCCCUCACGGUAGUUAUUUGAGCGAGUUUUAAAGUUGCAUGUUGUCUGUGUAGUAUUUUCGGGGUUUGUGGAUUUUCGUGUUUCCGAGGUAUCUAGGCUCUCGGUGUUCUCGGAUUUGUGCUCAUAAGACUUAGAGCUUCGUUUUUCCUAUUCCUCCCUUGAAGGUAUGCAUCCUAACGGUCUCCGUGCGAGGAGGGUGCUGGUAUCGUCCGGUCGUGCGCCCACCAAUUCCAUGUCCUCGACCCUGAGUUCGACGCUGAUAAAUCUGACUUCAUCGGAUGAGGGGAAGAGCGACCAACCCUUAGGUGGAGAGCUGGAGGUAUCUCCUCCGCCUCUGGAGAACGCUCCAUCUUCUUCUAUGUUGCAGAUGUUUCCCGAUCAAAAGGGAUCUUUCCCUAUACGGGUAGAAGGUGAGACGCAGCUUGUGUCUGAUCGACCGAAAGCAUCAUCCAUGUCUCAUGUAGCAGCAAAGAAGGCUCACUGCUCUUUGGCUGGAGAUGAAGUUACCACUGACAAUCGGAGUGAGUACUAGUUCCAUUACUAUCAGAAUUGGUAGCGUUUAUUAAAAUUUGAGGCAUCUGAUGAAACUAUGUAGUCCCACUUCUGGCAUUUUCUUGUGUUUUCUUUCCCUCCUCCUAUCUCUCUCUUGCUCUCAGCUUUUUUUUUUUCCACAGGUUGCGAUGUCACGGGCUUGUCCUAUUGUUCUAGAAUGAGCGACAUUUCGUCUCACAUGACUUCUCUUGCUUUGGCAGAGAGGGAAGGAAGCUCAGGGUCAGUACUUGAUCCAGACCUAAAUCAGCAUAAUUUUCAGCAAAUGGAAAUGUCAGGUAUCAGUAUGAAGAUGGGGGAGAGGAUUGAAGCGCGGAACUGUCAACAUAUUGUUGAUCCUAUGACUCAAGGAUCAGUUACUGGUUCAAGUGCCACUGCCUUCUCGCUACAUUCAGGUCAGGCAUUCCAGUGUACUCGUGUGACGGUUGCCGGACAGAGUGCUGCACCAACCCAAAUGUCUUCCUGUGCGUUUAAGAAUGAGUUCAAAGCUCCAGAAAAUGUCGCUCCUGCAGGUGGAGGAAUGCUUUUUGAGGAGAGUAAUAAGCUUGAAAAACAAGCAAAGGGUCCUUCAUUUGAUGAUCGGAUUCAUGGGCAAGUCACCACUGGUAAUGGGAGUAUUCUUCAGUCUCAGGCACCUACUCGGAAGGUCUCGGCUCUGGAUGUUGUAGAACCUUCCCAGCCAACUAAAAGUGAAAAAACUUCGCGAAAGAAGAGAUAUGAUGCUGACUCAUUUUUCAAGGUCAAUGGAAAGCUCUAUCAAAAGCUCGGUAAAAUAGGCAGCGGUGGAAGCAGUGAAGUUUAUAAAGUAAUAACGUCAGACUGUACUAUUUAUGCUCUGAAAAAAAUCACACUCAAAGGCCGUGACUAUCCUACAGCUUAUGGAUUUUGUCAGGAAAUUGAGUAUCUGAAAAAUCUGAGGGGGAAGAGCAACAUUAUUCAGCUAAUUGAUUUUGAGGUACGAAAUUUUGUGUCUAACAAGCCCACAACUCUAGCAUUUUGUUUAGUAAUCAGAAGAAAUUUACGACUGGUAUCUUUUGAUAUUAAUUUUCAAAACUAUUUGGCUCUAAUUCAUGGUAUUGAAAUCCACCGAGUUCAUCCACCUUGUAGGAACUAAGAAUUCCAUUGACACGGAUUGAAUUCAGUUCAAAGCUUGGUAGGAACUCCAAUUGAUUUUAUACAAUUAUUGGUAUUACAUUAUAAUAUUGUAACAUUUUUUCUGAAGAAAAUGCGACUUAUUAGAACUGGAGAAUGAGUAUAAAAUAACUGGAGAAUGUGGAAAGUUUAUAAUAUAUGCGGAAAAAAACCUUAGCAAUCAUGAGAAGUUGUGUUUAAAAUACAUGUAGACGCCUUUGCUACUGAAAUAAAUAAUAAUGGAUAACUGCGUCAAAGAAAGCUCUGAGGAUACUAAUCUUCUUGCUGGAAAGACUGCUGUGAAGUGUAUGCUUCCAAAGGUUGUCCUUCAAAGCAUCUCAUCAUUGCCAUUAUCAUCAUCCACCGAAUGCCUACAAGUCGCAGGACAUUUAUUUCGAUAAGCCUGUCUUGUCUUUCAACUGUUUUCUUCUUUUUUUCUUACUGCAACGAAAUUGUGAACCUUCAUUUGUUUAUAGGUAACAGACAAGACAUUACUUGAGGAGGUCAUGACCAGAUCCACGAAUGCCAAGAACGGUAGGAUAAAGGAUGACGUUUACAUUUACAUGGUGCUCGAAUAUGGAGAGAUUGAUUUAGCGAACAUGCUUUCACUGAAGUGGAAGGAUUUUGAUAGAUCCAAUUGGAAGAUGGAUGAAAAUUGGCUUCGGUUUUAUUGGCAGGUAUUUUUUAAGCCUCCCUGACUUGGUUUUGUUCUUUACUUGCUAAAGUUGGGGGAAACAUAGUUUCUGAAAUGUAGGCGUUGAAACAAAAUUGCUCAUUAUAUUAUUUUCAUUGACUUAAUUCUGCUCGAGGCUCCAAAAUUUGUGAUUUUUUUCAAUUUGAGUGGUCUUAUAGAACCUCGAAGCCUUUGUGCUGAAAAAAACGUUUAAAAUUGAACUGUGUUUAUAUAAUUAAAUCUUUUUAUUUAUUUAUUCACCUAAAGAACAUUUUGUGAGGAAUCAACUUAUGUAAUUUUUUCCUGCGGUCCCUAUUGUAACAGCCUUGUAUUUUAAAUUCAAGCUACAUCCCUUUUUGGCUGGUAUUCAUUGUGGACUUUUAUGUACAUAUUUUGGUUUCAACUAAUUUAUAUGCCCGAUAAUCCCGGUCUAUGUUGGAUAUUUCAAGCAUCUACACAAAAUUCUCACAUAGUCAAGGAUAGGCAUAAGAUCAAUGGAAACCUUUUACAGAUCUCUUCCCAAAGUGUUCUCCUGGACAAUCUCUUUUGGGCAACUUUUCUCAACCGUAAGAUAGAGGAGCAAUCUCUAUUGUCUCUUGGGAAACCUAAGAGGGACAAGUCAAGAAUGAAUGUUGUGUGCUUUCAGUGCGGUGCCCUGGGGCGUAGGUAUAUUGGUCCCAAUGUUCCUAAUCAUAUUGAGUUGUUGACCAGGAAAACACAAGUCACAUGAAAACUUUCUCAAUUUAAAGAUGUACAAUAUGUCGGAAGGAUUAAUUUGUUGUUAAAGGGUGAAGUGAUGACUUAAUUUUUUUCUAGUGAAGAUUGUAAACUUCAUGUUUACUGAAGAUACAGUGGACCAUAAGAUGUAUAGCUUAGGUGUCCAUUUAUGUCAAGAGUUAUGUGUUGAUAUUUAUUCCAGGGAUUAAAAACUAAUAGCUGUGUAGGCAACCAGUCAAACAAGGAAGUUGCCUAGCUCGUUGCAAAUCAACAAUUUAUGCUUCCCAAGUGAGGCCGUUCGUUUUGCAAAUAGAUCUUAUAACUUAAAUGUUUUUAAGUUUCUACAUCUCAUACUGCUUUAUUUUUAUCGAGAGAUAAUCUGAUUCAGUGUUAUGUAUUAUGAAAAACUCCACUUUUGGAGAAUAAAAAAUUCUUUGUCAGUACCUUUGGCAGUAUGAUUAGGAAAACUGUUUAUUAUGAUUAAGUAGUCUUCUGUUGAGAUUGUCAUGGGGUCAACAUGAUUAAAUGGUAUGAUUGUGACAGUUUUUUUGUUAAUAUUAGCUUCGUAGUACAAUGUGUCAACUAGCCUUUUUAUCAAAGGUAGAUAGAUGCGAUGGUACUGUGAGGAUGAGAUGCUUUUUUAUGUACUGAACAGUAUGAGAUAACAGCUUUUCUUCCUAUUCCGCCUAUUGCCUCAUUGACAUCUUGAAAACUACAGCCCUAACUAACAUAUUUUUCGAGCUGAAAUGGCUGAAUAUUAGAUACACAACAUAGAUGACCUACUCAAUUAUGUCGCCAAACGAAUUUUUACACAAGCAGAAGUCAUAAAGCCAGUGAGAAUGGAAUUUCAAUACUUUUUAAUCAUCCUAAUAAUGGUUGAAGGAAUUCUGUUCGUGUGUUGGCGGAGCAGAAUACAGAAUUACAAGAGCUAUGAUUUUUCCCGUAAACCCAGUGAGUUCCAGUGCGUAAAAUGAAAGUUGUCUAGACAUUGGAAAGGAUAUACACAUUUUAGACGUCAUGUACCAUCAAAUUUUCAACAAAGAUCCAAUCCAUUGGCACAAAGUUUCCUCUUCUCCGAGCUUUCAACAUCUCAAUCUCGGUUCCAAAGUCAUGCGUCUUUUAGUUGAGCUCUAAUUGAUUCAUUCUGGUGUAGACAUUCAUAAAAAAUGCAAUAUCCUAUGUUAAAAAGAUGAACAGGCGUAAAAAUAGGAAGUAAUAAUGCGUGAAAAAUCUUCUUUGGGGAUGUUAAUCCUCGAAUUCCUAUUGAUAACAAUGACAUCAUGUAAUGUAGUGGGCUAUUGAACGAACGGACUUCACCUUCAUAUUUUGUUGUCUUUCAGGGGAUGACCAAAGGUGGGGAAAGAUACAAAUGAGCUCUCCGACAUCAAUACAUAAUUGAUGAGAAUCAUGAUCACCAUUGUUAUACAUAUUGUCUGCAGCUUGAGGAAUCAUAGGUAGACACUACUUGUGGAGCUGUUGACAUGCUUCUUCAAUUUUGGCAUAGUUUGUUAAUAAGAACUUAGGUACUUCAGACCCCAGACUCUGCCAGUGUCAAUCAUAACUUUAAGGAGGACUAUAUAUAAGUUAUUCUGGGUGCGGUGAUUUCAUUAUUCUGAUAAUUCACUGUGAGGGUUUUGAUUUCAUCAUUUGAGCUUAAAUGGUACCCAAAUUCAUUAGUUAUUUACAUGGUACUCCAACCAAUAUCUGCAAUUUUUGAUGAUGGGCAAUGAGCAUGAUAUGAAUUUCAUACUUGUUUUAUCAAAAAAAAAUCGUUUAUUUAAUUUUACAAAAAAAAAAAUCAAUUCGAGAUAAACUGCAAGUUCUUGGAUACCUGGCCUGACGUUAAUUUUCAACAUUCAGCAAAUGCUUGAAGCUGUGAAUACCAUACACGAGGAGCGUAUUGUGCACUCCGAUUUGAAACCCGCCAACUUCCUGCUGGUCCGAGGUUCGCUGAAACUCAUAGACUUCGGCAUCGCCAAGGCCAUCUCAAGUGAUACGACGAACAUUCAGCGUGAUUCACAGGUUCAUAACUUUGAAUCCAAAACUUGUUCUUUCUUGUUUCAAAAGGCAGUUCAGCAUCCUUCUUCCAUCACUACUAAGAACUGCAGGUGGGCACGCUGAAUUACAUGUCCCCGGAGGCAUACAUGUGCAACGAGCACGAUGCUGAUGGGAACACCAUCAAGUGCGGCCGGCCAUCGGACAUCUGGUCCCUCGGGUGCAUUCUUUACCAGAUGGUCUAUGGGAAGACGCCGUUCGCAGAUUACAAGACCGUCUGGGCCAAGUACAAGGUCGUCACCGACCGGAGCCACCGGAUUGUGUACGAACCAGUCUCCAAUCCAUGGCUCAUCGAUCUGAUGAAGAAAUGUCUUGCGUGGGACCGCAACGAGAGGUGGCGGAUACCUCAGCUGCUUCAGCACCCGUUUCUUCUUCCUCCGAUACCAAGAGAGAUGGAUCUGAAUCACGGGGAUGCCUGGAAAUCGCUGAUCCAGAAGAUUGAGACAUAUUCUCAUGUGCCCGAAGUCUCCAGCCUACUCUCUCAGUUCCAGAAACUCAUAACAGGUAUGGAAGAAGGUUGA